AUGCUGAGUCACUCUUUUGUCUCUGACGUGGAUAAUGCCAAGAUUCUCCACUAUGUCGGAGCAGGAGUUGCCUUCCCCACUAGUAUGCUGUUUGUGUGCCUGCAGUCAGCGCUGACUUACCGUUUGGCCAAGACCCAGGGCGAGUACAACGUGGCCCACCUCCGGCUCUGCAUGACCCUGCUGGCCUUCGUAGCCUUGGUGCUCAGUGGUGUGUUCUUCUGCCAGGAGAGCUUUGUCCUGCAGCAUGCAUCUGCCAUUUUUGAGUGGGUCUUCUGUGUCAUCAUCAUGCUGUUUUACGGGACGUUUGCCUUCGAGUUCGCCAGCAUGUCGGGAGACACCAUGGCGGUGCUUGCUAGAGGUGGGGCACUGGGAUCUGCUGGGAGAGAACACAAGGUGGAUGCUCUGGGAGGACACACACAGUCACAUCCACUCCAGCCCGAAAACAUGUCCAUACUGUAGACCGUCGACAUCUGGAUGCCACACAGAUGGCUUGUUUUGAUCCUUGGAAACUCUGGUUGUAGAAUGAGUUUAAUUAUUCAUUUCCAGCCACACACGUCUGAAGCUUUGAAGUAAACAAGGCCAGUGCAGUAGCCUGUUAAUGGCAGAGUGGAUUUUACAGUUUUAGCCCAAGGAGAGGAGAUGUGCUGCCACAGUGGAGGGAGCUCAGCGUCUAUUGAUUGUUUGUCUCUUAAGAACUUGUUGCAUUUUGCACAUUGCGCGGGUGUGAAAACCGAAUUCUCACCAACUCAGCCCUUUAAUAAAAAGGCAAAAGCAUUUUGUUAAUCAGGCUAAGAAAAUGUGCACUUACCCCCUGAGAUUCUGUCACUUGUUUCAAUCAGCGGCUUCGGGGCCAGUUCAAUUUCACUGCCAAGAUGCUUUUUGCUGUUAAGGAGUGAAGGCCGCGGAGCGGCCUGGCUGACAGCGGUGAGGCUGAGUGAGAGGAGAUUGUAAAUGGAGGUUACAGUCAGAGGUCAGGCUUGUUUUCCUCAAAUAGGAAUGGUUGAACACAAUAAAUCCAGUCUAUAUAUGUUUCAGAAUGUACUUGAGAUAGAACAGAGCAGCAGCAGCAAUCAUUUAAACCUCCUUUUAAGCAAUAUUUUUGAUAUUAACAAAUCAAAUAAUUGUAAUGUCAUAGCCUUGUGCCGAGUAUUAAACUCCACUAGAAUGUACAUUCUCCUCCACACAUGUUUUAGCUUCUUUAAUCUGACAUAUCGUUGACUGUUUGUCAGUAGAGGAACUGGAUAACCACAACUGAACUGAAAGUGAGUAUUGGACUCAUAUUUUUAGAUUGGCCAUUGGAACAAUAACAUAGUAGUUACAGAAAUGAACCAAACAAGCUUCUGUUUGUUUUUUGGGUAAUAGAAAUGUCGUCAUGCAGUUUUUAAUUCCCACCAUCAACGUAUGCAAACCAAGUACCAUCGGAAAUGCACACUUCCCAGACAAAUUGAUGUGUCGCAUCGUUAUUUCAUCUGCACAUGAAAUACCUGGUGCCUCGUGAAGGCAAACCUUCAUUAAUCAUAUUGUUAGGAUCAAUACACCAUAAACUUUGCAUAGUAUUUGAUUAUUGAAUUUCCGCUCUGUAGAUUUCUGCCAAAGAAUAUGAAAGAGAGGUGACGCGGUGUCCAGAGGCCAAGUGCGUACCAGCUAAUUCAAGCCAGAGCACUGGGCUUAUUGAGUUUAGUGACGAGGCAUCACAUGUGUUUUUAGGCCCUGUGGUCAGAGACCUGCAUCAGAAGGAAGAGCAGAACAUGCUCUUAUUGUUUGAAUUGCAGAAGUCCAGCUGGUGCAGCAGGACAAAGGGAAAAAGGAAGUAUUUAUGUAUGUAAUGAGACAUAAGUGAGAUAAUAUUGUAACUGUUCUCCGUUUUGUGCCAAAUUAUCAGUCUGGGUUGUGGCGUUUGGUGCUAAAACGCUGAAGGCCUUUUUAUCAUCGUUCCCCCCACGAAUUGAGUUGUGACUAUGAAAAUGAAAGCAAUAAGACAGAAGGCAUGGCUUCACUUAGUGGAGGAGUAGGCAAAGAAUGUUGCACAAACACAUACGAGUGCCAGGAAUACCAAAGCAGAGCUUUUGACACGACAGAUCCAUUCCACACGGAGAAAAAAGAAAAAGAAAAAAGAGCUUGACAUGUCAAUGUCUGUCGGUCUAUUUUGGCCUUGUGGUUUGUUGUGUUUCUGUUCAGAUGUUCAAAUAUUCAUAUGUAUUCAUUGACUUUUGUUGUAACAGUGUUACUGUUUAUAAUUCACACCUCUGUGAAGCAUUAACACACUUUUUUCUUCCCUGGUGGGAAACCAGGGAAUAAGUAAGUAGAUGUUUUACAGCAGUAACAGUUUUAAAGGUCCAGUGUGUAGAAUUAAUGACAUCUAAUGGCACGCCAGGGAACUACAUGUUCAAAUCUUAAGAUAUCUUUAACGAUUGCCAAAGUCAUUAAACUGAUGUUUAAUUCAAGUUCAGUAUCUCCACGACUUGAAUAUGAAAGUGCAAAUAAAUACUAGGCCACUUUUGUGAUUUUACUGCCCUCUAAGGGAAGGAAACAUAAACAACAGUGACACUGGUUUUGUGUAAACACAACUAUCAUUAAUGCAAUUUAAAGUCUUACAUUGGUAUCAAUAACAGGCAAGCACUGGCGACGCUGAGGUGGUGGAAUGGGCGGCCCCAUAAAAGCUUGGGCAGAGGAGGUUUCCACUUUCCCCA